CAGAAUAAGAAAUCGUGUGUCCCUGGAAGUGCGUACAUUAAAAAAAUUCUACGAUUCAUCGAUUCCCAUUACAAAAUUGGUGAGCUCUUUAUGGAGUACUUGUACGGUGACUAUUCUACAGCCAUCACUGAACGUUGUUCAUUUUGUUCUAACAAAGGAUGGACAAGUCCAGUGCCCAUGAAACGUAUUCCCCAGCCUGUGCCAGAUCCUGAAAAUCCUACCCAUUUUAAAUCGGUCAAUGACACACCAACUACCACAGGAAACGGGCAGCCUCGAGUGCCCGAUGAUUUUCAGCCACAUGCAAACAUAAAGAAAAUGUUUAGUGACGGCAUGUUAACAACGGAAGAAGAGCUCCAGCAGUUUUCGGAGAAAUUAGCCGUGGAGCCGCACUUGAUCAAGGCAUACAUUGCCCAUUUAGAAGAUCUUAAAAUACAAAGCGGCAUUAGAACAAGGGGGCGCGCAGAACAAAAGCAUAAAAUGAACGUAAAUGAUGUCCAAAACGUUUGGAGAAUAUGCCUGGCGCGAUCUCGUAGAGUCUGGAGAUUUAAAAAAUUGCUUGAAUCUGAGCUGAAUAAAUACCUUAAACAUUACAAACUCGUAUGCAGCGGCACCAAAGCUGAAAAGAUACGGAGAGUCUCGUUGCAUGUGCUUCUCGGAAACCAUGGUCAACAGGAAGAUACGAAUGAGUUUACUGACGAGGAGACGAAGGAAUGUGGAACGGAAGAUGACAACGAGGAAAUUGACAUCUCAGGGGACGAUGAAAGUGAGGAGGAUAUUGUCCUUGCAGAAUUGUUAAGUGGGCCUGACUCAGACCAAGACACGAUCGCGACUUCAUCACGCGAACGGGAACGUUAUAGCAUCGAUGAAAGUGAAAAGAUAUGGUUUGUCUUCCAAAGCGAUUCAGAUGAAGAGGAAUUUUAUGGUUUUGAUUGA